AUGAGAAAAUUCCGACUCUUAGGAAAGAUAUCUCUAGCACGAUUUUUUACUGUUCCGUGGAAAUCAAAUUUACCAUCCUCCGAAGAUCAGAAUUGGAAGAAUAUUGGCAAGAAGAUUGUCAAUGUUGCGCAAAAUUGCGAUACAGGAGAGGCAGCUUUUAAUGAAUGUUGCUUGGCACGUGAGCAAUUGGAAUCUGUUAUUCAAUCUGUGGGGUAUGAUAUGAACGUCUCUAUUUUUGGAGGUCUUAUUACCCUCAAAAUAUUCGAAGUUGGUGGAGACGUCGAUUUUGUCGGCGUAUCCGAUAUUGAGCCUGGAACCGAGGAAGCUUCUGAAAUAGUGAAACGUGUUGCGAGUGAAUUGAACUAUUUAGGUUUAAAAGCCUGGCCUCUUCCAAAAGCGCGUGUACCGGUUUUGAAAGUAGACCGGAUUAGUAAGUCCUUUCCAGGCUCACCCCUUCAUAAUCUUUCUCGUGAUGGUGUAUUUCAGUUUAUUCGUCAACUUAACAACACCGAAGCAGAAGAUUUCACGAAUUUAAUCAAAGAAAAUUAUGGUGCCAAAGAGGUGGAAUGGGACAGCAUGUUCAAGUUCGCUACAGCUAGAUUUAAUAGCACCUCUUCAUUAAUGUAUGCCCUCCCUCAUGCGAAAUCUCAAAAUAAAAACAUUAUUCUCAGCCUUCCUGUGGACAUUCGGUACGGACCCGAAAUUUAUCGCUUUCCAUUUGAUUUUUGUCUUUCGUCUACAGGGUUGCGAAAUUCAUACCUCCUUGGUGAAGCUCUUUUCAAGUAUCCUUACUCAAGGCAUCUUUUGUUAAUCUUAAAAAAAUGGGGUCGCGCAUGUGGGACUAUCAACUCUAUUGAUGGGCUUCUUGCAAGCUAUGCAUUAACUGUGAUGUUGGUACACUUUCUGGUUAAAGUUGAGAUAAUUCCAAUAGUAUCUACAGAAAAAAAUGCAUGUGAGCCUCAUUUACUAGAAGUAACACCCCGAUAUCAAUCAUUGGCAUCUGGUAAGGAUGGUGAUAUGGCACAAGUAGGGUUUUUAUUUGCUUUAUUUCUUGAAUACUUUGGCAAUAUUUUCGACUAUACAAACAAUGUGGUUUGUACAAGUGAUAUGAAUUUGACUAAAAAAUCAAUGGGCUGGGAUAAACUUGAUAAUACAAAUGGUAAGCCACCUUUUUUUGAGUUUGGUAUAAAGGAUCCAUAUGGAAAAGAAAAUAUCGGACGUAAUUUAGAUUUGGAAUCCACCAUAUUUGUUCAGGAGGCACAUAUCAGUGGACUGAGGUGUUUAUUGGAGAACUUUAAUGAUCCCGACACCUCAGUCCACAUAUUAACCCAAAAGCCACCAAUACCCAAACGCACCACAUUUCCCUCUAUUAGGAAAAAUACUAAUCCCAAUUUUCUCACAAAAAAUCAGCUUGAAGCCAAACAAGCACUCGGUAAAAUGCGCUUUCACGAGCGCAAAAAGUCAAUUGAAAAUUUUGGCAAAAAAGCUAUUAAAAAUGCGGAAAAUCAGGAUGCCGCUUCAAGGGUUACAAAGGAUAUUUUAGGAUGGAUUCGAAAUAGUGGGAGCAACUAA